AUGCCGCUGACGAGAAAACCCAACCCUACUGCUCUACACCCCAAUCCUUAUCAACACGGCGAUGAAAUUUGGGAGGCAUAUAAUCAGUGCCUUUCGCUUGAGCAACACGAAGGAUGGAAUACGUUCGCCGCGCAGCUGCAGAAGGACGUCUCCGAGGGCAUCAUGAAUGACCUCAGCCCGAGGGUUGCUGCACGCGUGCUAGGAUGGGCUUUGCGCGUUGCUCCUAGCGAUGAGGGUCGCAAUGCGUUAGUGCGCGAAAUCGUUGGAUGUAACGACGACCCCGAACUGCUGGCUGGGCUCGCCCAUCUAAGCAUGUUACCUACCAUUACGGCCUCUGACGUACCUCCAGUCUACAAUCCCAAAGGCCCCACCCCUUCUGUCUCAGCUACCCAAAGCCCCCGGAUUGCCUUCCAGCAGGCUGCACAGGAUCUGGAGCAUCUACUCCCGAAGCCGUCAAUCACUGCCCAGGACUUACGGCAGCUCCUCCUGUAUCGUGACAACCACUCCUGUGUCUUCACCGGUGCCGUCGACCUCGACUCAGCGCGUUCUGACAACACAUUAAUCAUCGAUCUUGGAGUCAGGACCGAUACGACGAGAGUGGCUCAUAUCAUAAGCCAGUCUCUGUCGGAGAACAUUGCCGGAACCACCCCAGCAGUGUGCGCUAAGUUCGAGUGGGCGAAGACUGCGGGGGCCAUCAUCGAGCGCUUUGGAGGCUUCUCUUCCCGCGACAUCCUUAGCGACAACGUUCUCAACAGUCCCCUGAACGCGUUCACAGCCGCAACUGCACCCCACGAAGAAUAUGACAAGCUCGACCUAUGGUUGACGGCGGUAGAUGACGGACAAGGAGGCAUCAUCCCGGAUACUUACGAUGUGCAGUAUUAUUGGGGCGAGCGGUUACGCUCCAGCGUUGGCAUCAAGCAACGAAUCACUUUUAAAACAGCCACUGUUGGCAAUACGACCAUCCCCCCGCCCCAUCCCCGUCUCAUUACCCUCCAUGCUGCCUGCGCCAUGAUCGCUCAUAUGUCUGGCGCUGCGGAACAUCUGAAGGAGUGCUUUCGGGAUACUGAUAUGAUCUCGGUCAUGACUGAACCGAAUGCUGCGUAUGAACUGACACGCGCUCUGAAGACGCUGCAGCUCGUUUCCCCGACGGUUUGACUUGGUUCUUAGGGUGUCAUCUUCGCCAUCUUUCUGUGUCCUGCGGCCUUCGUUACGCGGAUAGUACUUCAACAGGAAGCAUACGAGCAGUGAUGAUGGUAGCGAGAAGUUGAAGUAGCUAACGUAAGUACUGGUCCUAUUAAUGAUAAUGUAAUACUGUCAUUG